GUUACUUCCCUUCCCGGAAAUUAUCAUCCUUGUAAACACGUGUGAAACAUCAAAAGCAAAACAGAAUGGGGCGAAUGAAGAAAAAGUUGGAACGUGGGGAGGCCACUGCUUUUAUGUCCAGAAACCGGGCCAUCAAGAAGCUUCAACUCAGUUUGGCAGAUUUCAGACGCCUUUGCAUAUUGAAAGGCAUUUAUCCACAUGAACCAAAGCACAAGAAAAAGGUAGGAAGAGGUAACACAGCCCCCAAGACCUACUACUUUGUCAAAGACAUCCAGUUCCUAGCACAUGAACCCAUCAUCAGAAAAUUCAGGGAAACCAAGCAUUUUGUGCGCCGUCUGAAAAAGGCUUUAGAGAAGAACAACAAAGAUGCAGUUCAACGUAUUAGAGGAAACAAACCCAAGUACAGUCUUAACCACAUUGUCAGACAAAGAUACCCUUCCUUCUCUGAUGCAAUCCGGGACUUGGAAGAUUGUCUAAGCAUGUGCUUUCUUUUCUCUACGUUUCCCAAAACAAGCAAAACAUUCUCAGAAUACAUCUACCUCUCACGGAAGCUCACAGUGGAAUUCUUGCACUAUGUUAUCUCCUCAAAGUCAUUGCGGAAGGUUUUUGUCUCGAUCAAGGGGAUAUACUACCAGGCAGAGAUACAAAACGAAACCAUCACAUGGGUGCAGCCUCACAAGUUAGGCUUCGAGAAUCCUACUGAAGUGGAUUUCAAGAUAAUGCAGACCUUCGUCGAAUUCUACACCACAAUGAUGGGCUUCAUCAACUUUAAGCUUUUCUACACUUUAAAUCUACACUACCCUCCAAAGCUUGAAGACGGUUUUACAGAGAAUGACUUUGAUGAAGAAAUGACUCCUAAGGAGAGACUGGAAGAGAAACUAUCCUCCCUGUCGCAGAGCUUGAUGUCAAUAGAUGCUGGUGGAGGUGAAGAUGAUGCAGAGAUUGAUGACUUCCCCCUUGUAGAUUCAGAAAAUCCAGAUCUGAUUGAGCAGGCUCGAGUGGAAGCAGAAAAGCACAAGAAAUUUCUCUCCCUUUUCAAAGGCCUAAAAUUCUUCCUGAAUCGGGAAACUCCAAGAGAAAGCCUUGUAUUUGUCAUCAGGGCCUUUGGAGGUGAAGUGUCCUGGAGUAAAACCCAGGCCAUUGGUGCUACAUUUCUGGAGUCCGAUGAGACCAUCACCCAUCAAAUAGUGGACAGACCAGCCAUGGCUACACAGUAUCUGACCAGGUACUAUGUCCAACCACAGUGGGUCUACGACUGUGUGAAUACCAAGACAGUGCUGCCAGUCGAGGACUACUUCAUCGGUGCUGUGUUACCCCCCCAUCUGUCGCCCUUCGUAGAGGAACAGGAAGAUGACUACAUACCGCCGGAGAGGCUGGCCCUCCUUAGCCGACAGGACGGUGGCGAGGACUCAGGUACUGAAUCGGAUGAACAGAAUGAUGAUGAGGAGGAGGAGGAGGAGGAGGAGGAAGAAGAUGAGGAGGAGGAGGAGGAAGAUUCUGAGGAGGAAAAUGUGAGGGAAACAAGAAGUUCAAAGCAAAAGGACAUCAAACGUAAACAACUGGAAGCAACAAAAUCCAAGGCAAAAAAACAGAAGAGUGACCACAACGCCAGUACAAUGUCUGUGGAGGCAGGGGAGAUGGACACCGAGAAUAUUGACCAAAAACUCUCAAGACAGAUGGCAGAGGAACGCAAACUGGCUGAAAUGACUAUCCCAAAGAAACGAAAAAGAAUGUAUGAAAGAAUUAGAACAGCACAAAACAAAAAGAAACAAGAGAAAAGGGUAUUGAUAGAAAAGCGUCGUUCAAUAGACAAAGCCACGAAGAAAGGAAAGAAAGCGUGAACUGCCUUAUCAUCAGGAUGCAGUUGUUCUGGGUUGAGAUAUACCUUUUCAGGUAAAAUCUCUCCUGGACAUAUGGAACUUUUUAAUAAUGUUAAAGCUUGAAAGGUAUUUCACAUGAUACUGUCAAGUUACAACAAGGAAGGUACAGCAAGUUGACGUGUGGAGCUCCUCGCAGCCUUUCAUCAGCUGAGAACAAGACAUAUAUACUACAGUGUAAAUUAUUUUAUAAAAAGAAGAAAUAAGUCUGUGGUUAAAUUUCUUGGCGGAUUUUGUGUCAUCAAUAUUUGCUGCUUUAAGUACUACUGCGGAUGUAACAGUAAAUGGUGAAAGAAAUAAAGAUAUGAACUUAA